AUGCCAUGGGCUGGCAGCACUGGGAACAAAAAGCUUGUGAAAGCCGUUGACGCCGAGCUCUGGUACAAAAGCGAAGCGAAUUCUCUUGGGUCGCUUGACGCGAAACCAACCGUGCUGUUCAAGACGCAUGAACUCACCGAAGAGCCCAUGAAGCUUUGCCAGCGCGCCAUCGCUUUCACCAGUCAUCGAAGUCUCGACGACAAAUUGCGAUCAGCGGCUGGGGCCGGGUGGAUGCCCGCGCGAGCGACCAAUUUUGCGACCAUUAGAACGUGGGCGACAGCGUACCGACGAUGGAAACUCUGGGGCGCAAUCGACGUAAAUUACAAUGAGGCACUGAAGAAUCCCUCGGCUGCGUUCCGUGUCAUCAUCGACCACGUUGCAUUCGUGAUGAACGUCAAGCCGUCAGAGAUCGACAAGCUGGGGCCAAUAAGGGCACCCUCGAUUGGCGAAGCCAACCCAGGAAUUCCAUCGUCUGCGUCAAAAUCUACUGUUAGCGAGGAAGAUAUCCUGCAGGAGGUCACAAAGGCGAAAGAGCAGCUGGCUUCCGAGCGUCUUUCCAGUCUCGGGCUCGGCUGCUCGAGGUGUGACCUUUACCAGUCACUUAGUCACGGUGGCAUGUUGGAGGUGCCCAUACUAGUAAGGAUUCUAGCGAGCUGGAUUCAAACGAGAAAAUUUCUUUUCAAGCAACAGCGGAACUGA